CUUCAGCUUCCUCGCACCCUUCCACUCCCAAUCAAAUUCAGAGUUUAGCAAAGCCUAGUGCUGCAAUUAGCAGAUGGAGUUGCUACGCUUGCUAGCUGUUGCCGCCGUGGCCGCGAUGGCCGCGGAGGUCGCCGCCGGCGGCGACUCCGGCUGGAGCAGCGGCAGCGCGACGUUCUACGGCGGCAGCGACGCGUCGGGGACGAUGGGUGGCGCGUGCGGGUACGGCAACCUGUACAGCGCCGGGUACGGGACGAGCACGGCGGCGCUGAGCACGGCGCUGUUCAACAACGGGCAGAGCUGCGGCGCGUGCUUCGAGGUCCGGUGCGGCGGCGGCGGCAGCUGCCUCGCCGGCACCGUGGCGGUGACGGCCACCAACCUCUGCCCGCCCAACUACGCGCUCGCCGGCGACGCCGGCGGGUGGUGCAACCCGCCGCGGCCGCACUUCGACAUGGCGGAGCCGGCGUUCACCAGGAUCGCGCAGGCCCGCGCCGGCGUGGUGCCGGUGCAGUACCGGCGCGUGGCGUGCGCGAAGCAGGGCGGCAUCCGGUUCACCAUCACCGGCCACUCCUACUUCAACCUGGUGCUCGUCACCAACGUCGGCGGCGCCGGCGACGUGACGGCGGUGUCGGUGAAGGGGUCGCGGUCGGGGUGGCAGGCCAUGAGCCACAACUGGGGCGCCAACUGGCAGAACGGCGCCAACCUCGACGGCCAGCCGCUCUCCUUCAGGGUCACCGCCAGCGACGGCCGCACCGUCACCUCCGACAACGUCGCCCCCUCCGGCUGGUCCUUCGGCCAGACCUUCUCCGGCGGCCAGUUCUAGCCGUUCCGCCGUCGAUCGCCGGAGGAAUUGAAGGGGCUCUGUUUUGAAGAAGCUCCAAACUCACUCUCUCUCACUCUCUUUGCUGACGUCAUGGCGUGGUGUGUGGUGGCGUACUUUUGAUGUUGCCGUUUUUGCGCCUGCAAGGCGGAUGCGCCUUCGGCCUAUGGGCUUGGGGGGGCGUUUCUACUGCUCCGUAGGCGUACUUCUUGCAGGGAUGCUUAAUUUGAUGUUGAGAAUGGCCGCGGCAGUGGUGACGAGCGCAAUGGCUGGUCACCCGCCCAUGACAUAUGUUGUAGUACGUACUUAUGUGCCAUUAAUUUGCAUCUUUACAUGCAAUGCUUGAAUUAAUGUAGCUUUGUCUCAAGAUUUGUGUUAAGGAUGGUGAUGCUGAUACGUACUUAUGUCAUGUAUUCGUCCACAUUAUCACGAGUAAAAAUUUUACUUGUAGGUUUACUCGGGAGUAUAGUAAAAUUUUUAUUCA